CCGGCCCGCUCCGCCGGUGCUGGGUUGCCAUGACGACCGUAGCUCGGUCGCGGCGGACUCGGUAGGAGACUGGGCGCUUGGAGCACCGUGUCCCUGCCGCGAGGUCGCUGCAAGGACGCGGUUUUACCGGCGAGACGUGGAAACAGCGGAGUUAACGGGGCUCCCCCAUCGGCGGGCAAAGCGCCCGGAAAACCGUCCGGGGAGCCACUAGCUCGCUGGCUGCGGGCUCCACCGCCCACCGCGGGGUGUGCGCUUUGUGGCAGAAGCUGGGGCUGGGGGCCUUGGUAGUCGCGAGGCUGCGGCCAGCACGGGUGCGAGGCGGCGUUAACAGGCUUCGCUUUCUUUGCAGAGCCAUGGGCAGCAGGAAGAAGGAAGCUGCCUUGCAGCAUAUGUGACGUCAUCGUACCCUCUGCCUUAAAAGGAAAACAUUUAUCCCGGACCCUGGCGGUGACACGGUUAACAUCAGUACCCAGGAGCUGUGGGAGGAAAUGCUGAGUUCCAAAGGACUAACAGGCAGAGUUAGACAUUGAGAGAAAGAGAGACAGAGAAAGAGGUCUUUCUUUCUCCGUUGGUUCACUCCCCUCAUGGCCGCCACAGCCAGCGCUGCGCCGAUCUGGAGCCACGAGCCAGUCGUUGACGUCUACCAAGGCUGGUGCGGCCCCUGCAAGCCUGCGGUGAGCCUUUUCCAGAAGCUGAGGCUCGAGGUUGGCCCGGACCUUCUGCAUUUUGCACUGGCAGAGGCCGACUCUCUUGAUGUCCUCAACAAAUACCGCGGGAGGUGCGAGCCCACCUUUCUGUUUUAUGCGGGCGGAGAGCUGGUGGCUGUGGUUAGAGGCGCCAAUGCUCCGCUGCUGCAGAAAACCAUCCUCGACCAGCUGGAGGCUGAGAAGCAGGUGCUGGCUGAAGGCGGAGAGCGGAAAGCGAUUAAGGACGAGGCUCUGUCUGAUGAAGACGGAUGUCUUUCCCGUGGAAAGGACGGUCGGGCAGACGAGGACGUGGCCUCCGGGCCCAGUACGGCACAGAGAUGCCCUGUAACGCCGUGCACGGAAGCCGGGACAGGGAAGACGCCAACAAAGAGCUGGCCUUGCUCUUUCCCAACUUCCGCUUUACAGACACGGAAACCCCUCAGGGCGGCGAGGCCGAAGGCGAGGUGGGCACCCCCAAGGUGCUUCCCUCCCGCGAGGACGUGGCCUGAGCCGGCGUUCCUGCUCUGCGGGCGCAGCUGCCCCUCCAGAAGCGCCACGUAUUCUGAGCACUGGCACUUUUUGGGCUCAGCUGUCGCUGUGGACAAUGAAAACCAGCAGUGUGUGUUUUCCUGCGGUAUUAAAGAGCAUAUGGGAUGUGCAUUGAUUUUUUUUUCUGUCUCUGGGACUUUACAAAGUGAAGUGCCAUCAGCUAUAGUGCCAUCAGCUAUUGCCCUCUGCUUCAGGGUUUGGUGUCAUCUCAGAGAACGCUUGGUUAUGUGGGACACCGUUCCCCAGCAAUACAUCUGCUUUACAGGUGCACCAUUGUGGAGCUUUCCCUGGGAACUGAAUGUGCACACGGUGCAGUGAGGUGGGCUGUGCCACUGCAGGUGUACUGACCAGGAGGCAGAUGAGGACUGGCACCCAGCGCCUCCUCACGCUGCCUGCCCCUGUCACACAGUCACUUCCUGCUGCCAGAUUUGCCCCUCGUGGCUGUCCUCAGAUCAGGGCAAGCUCACAACGCAAUGCUUGUUACGUGUGGAAGCAGGGUUCACCUGGUUCUGCUGAACCCUCUCUCCUCAUGUCUUGGGUUUCCGGUUCCAGCUAAGCACCCACUUUGAAAACCUAAGAGUUCCUGGUGGGGCCGGCUGCCUAAAGCUGUUACUGAAUUGCUUGGCUUAGCUGGCCCUCAGGGGGCGGGGGGGAGGGGGUUGGAUCUCAGGAAAAAGCACCUGUUAGGAGCUGCUGCGAGCUGCCUGGUUUCCUCUCUGGUUUACUUGUCAAGUUCCCCAGCUCAGGCAUACUCGGUGGUCUGACGGAGGAGGAAAAGGCCAUGGUGUUUUGCGCACCUAGCACAGGGGAGGCUCUUCAGCCAGGCAGUGAGCUCCCAGCAGAUGGCUCUGUGCGGGCUCUCUGCUGAGCCACGAGCUGGCUCUGGGGAUAAAAGGCUGAGGCGGGCUACCGGAAGGUGGGAACCAAGGCCUGCGGUCGCGGGCGUGCUGCAUCCCGCCACUGCGUCCCCCAUGACCUCAUGCCACCUCUGGGUGCCAGCAUGCCUACGUUCAGCACUCCUCAGCAUCUGUACCGGGCCCCUGUGUGAACCCAUGCCCAACGGAGCCCGCAGCGGCAGGAAAGCUCCCUCUCACUGUUCCACGCCCUGGGGACUCUGCUUUUCCCUCUGAGUGGGCCCAGGAGGGCAACCCCACCAGAGCUGGCAAAUGACUGGGAGGUGCCCAAGAGCCCUGUGCCUGGGCUGGCCCCACAGGUGUUGAGUGGGACUCCCAGUGACCCACUUGGAAGGAGAGAGGGAUGCACCCGGCUAGCAGAGGCCGGGAAGCCAAGGACCUCCCCUGUACCCAUACUGGCAAGGUAAGAGGGGGCAACCAAGGCUCCGGAAAGCAGGGGGGAAGAAGGGAAGAGUAGGUGUGGGAAUGGAGCCUGUGUGUGGUGGUGGUGGUGGUGGUGGUGGUGGAUCCUGAAGUUUCCCCAGGAAGUGGCUAGGACAGUCAGGCUGGGCAGGGGGAGCUGGAGGGUCCCCAGCGAUAAGUCCGAGUGGGAGGGAUGGUGACUCCUGCCUUCCUCCCCACUACUGUGCCUCCAGGUUGCUGGGGGUUCAGCAUGGUGGGCAUCUCUGGAGCCCAGAAGGCUCAAGGCAUAGGGAAUGGGGGCAACAGGAAGGGCUCCCGAGAUCAGCCCACUCUCUCAGGCCAGAGCAGCUUGGUGGAGGCCCUGCCUUGGGUGUUCCCUAGAGAAGCAAAUGCGGCAGGGCAGGUACUGUUUUGGCUCCUGGACGUGCAUGCCUGGCAGGGAGGAGGGCGGCCCCACGGUUAAGGACUGGCUCCGGCCCUCCACUCAGUGAGAUGGCUGACGCCCGGCAGAGCCAGGAGCCAGGAGGAGCUGCAGCGACAGAGAGGGGAAGGUGGCUCAACAGUCUACUCCACAGCUUUCCCUGAAGCCAGACGGAAACGUGCCUCCAGCUGCCUCUCUGCCGAGCGGUCUGGGAAGCGGUCUGGGAAGCUCAGCACGGUGCAGCAGCACCGGCCCCAUGCCCGGAAGGCGUUAGGGCCCCUUGCUGCAGGUGGCCAUCAGCAGCUGGGGUAGGAGUGCCCCUCCCCUCUCCCCCUUCUCAGGUCUUGCUGGUCUCCCGCCCGGGCUCAGUUUCGCCUUGGCUGCCCUCUCUGCAGUCCCCUCACUGUCCUCCCCCAGGCCCUGGUUCCUGUGUCCAGCGAGGCCUCGAGAUGGGAGGUGCUGCCUUUCCUGCACAGACAGGGAAGAGAAGGAGUGCGUGGGGAGUGAGCCGAGGGCACCUGUGUGUGUCCUUGCCAGGGGACACACUUGUUUGUGCACCGUGUGGCUGGUCACGUGCCAAGCCCUGGGUCUGAGUCCAGCAGGCAGUGGCAGCAGAGGAGUGGCACUCCUGAGGGGACAAGAGAGCAUGCAAGUGGACAUGACCUUGGGGAGGGCUGUCUGGGUGGCUGGGAGUGGCCACCUGGAGAGGACCUGCUGGCUUCCGGAGGGCUGGGAAGAGAGGGGUCCCCCCGUU